UGCAUGUAAUUGUUGAAGUAAAUAGAUUUAUACUAUUAAAUAGUGACUGAUUAAUAUUGACAAUGAUUGGAGUUGGAUGGUAUAUACCAAAAGACAUAAAGUAGUCUUCUUCCUCUCCUACUCCAUUGUUGUGUUUGCUGCUGCUUCUACAUAAUUCUUCGUCCUAUGCUUCAGUUUCAGGUGAUCCUUCAGCAAUUUCGAUGUAUAUAUUUUAUCAUUUCUGUGAAGCAACAAUCGAAUCUUUAUUUAUAUAUCUUGCUCUAUGCUUUUCUUAAAUUCUUACUGUAUAAAUGUUUUUGAUGAAUUUAGAUUUCAUAGAUCCUUAUUUGUGUGUGUGUUUAAAUUACUGAAAGUAAUUGUUGGAAUUUUAGCCGUAUUCUUUUGAUAUAACUUAUGAUGUCUUUGUGUGUUCAAAUGUAAUUUAUUAUGGGUCUAAUUUAAGAUGCCAAUAGAUCCGAGUUCUUUAAUCAGUUUAACAUGAUACAAAGAUUUGUUCGACCAUAUUCAUUGAAGACCCUGGUUUCCGUAUCCAGUAGAGAAAAAUGCUUUGGGAAAUUGCGCGACCUUUUAUCUCCAAGCUCGGGGAGAAGCUGGCGGAUUAUGCUCACAGCAAUGUGACAACGACGAUAGACUACAAGAUAAUACUGGAAGCUCUACAAAGGAACUUGAAGUCCUUGAGUGAUAAAGCUUUUGAUGUUGAGAAGGAAGUCAAAAAUGGUGAGCAAUCGGGUAUGAAGAAAAGGAAGCGAGAAGUCGAAAGCUGGAUGGCAGAGGUGCAGAAACUUGAAACAGAAUUCACUGAAUUCAUGGCUGCAAUGGAUUCAGAUGGUUUUACUAGUCGAUUCUUCGGGGGAGAUGGAGCCCAGAGAUUGAGUGUGAAAGUAGACGGAUUAGUUGAGCAGAGUCGACAUUUUGGUGAACUUCUUCAUGCUUGUGAACCCGAGCAAGUUCCACUCUUGACAAAGAAGUUGGUGGGUAAAAUGUUUGAGGAGAACUUUGAAAGGAUUUGGAAUUUUUUGGUGAAUGAUACAGUGUCAAGCGUCGGGAUUAAUGGCAUGGGUGGUGUGGGUAAGACAACGCUGGCGAAGCAUGUUCACAAUCGGUUUGUUGAAGGAGCUCAACAUGUUGUUAUUUGGAUAACGGUGUCUCAGACAUUUAGCAUAAAGAAUUUACAAGAUGAAGUUGCAAAGGCAGUGAACGUAGACAUUUCAGACGAGCAGAACGAAGACAAAAGAGCUGCGAGGCUGAACCGAGUAUUAUCAAGAAAAGGGAAAGUUUUGAUAAUAUUUGACGAUGUAUGGGAAAAGUUCAACCUCGAAAAGAUUGGAGAUCCACUCUCCUUGGAGGAGUGUAGACUAAUUAUAACAUCCCGUUUAUCGGGUGUGUGUCAUCAAAUCGGUUGUCAAGAGAUUAUUCAAGUGGUAACACUAGAUAAGAGUGAAGCUUUGAAUUUAUUUACAAGAACUCUUGGGGCAGGGAUGACACUAACUUCCCAAGUACAAGAACUUGCAAAGCUUAUGGCAGAACAGUGUGGUGGAUUACCAUUGGGCAUAAUUACAGCAGCUGGAAGUAUGAAGGGUAAGACAGACAUUCGCGAAUGGAGAAUUGCAUUGAAAGAUCUAAAAGAGUCGAUCUUGAAAGAAAAUGGAAGUGAUGAUGAAGUUUUCAAAAUACUCAAGUAUAGUUUCGAUCGGUUGGAUCAGGGCGAAGAGAAGCACGAUGGAUUUACAGUGCUGCAGCAUUGUUUCUUGAAUUGUUGUUUGUAUCCUGAAGAUUCAGAAAUAAGUAAGGAAAAAUUGAUAGAACUAUUCAUUUCGGAGGGGCUGUCGGACAAAAGGUGUAGUCGAAGAGAACGUGCGGAUUGGGGUCAUGUCAUGUUGAACAAAUUAGUGAAUGUGUGUUUGUUAGAGAGUGACGACGAAAGGUGGGUGAAGAUGCAUGAUUUGGUAAGAGCCAUGGCAUUAAAGAUCACAAAGAACAGAUAUUCGAGCAUCGAUAUGCAAAGUUUCAUGGUUGGAGAAGAAGAAGAAUGGAUUAAAGAUCUCAAGAAAGUUUCAUUGAUAUACAAUUACAGAUGCCAUAUCCCUGCAGAAUGGUCUCCAAAAUGUCCCAACCUCACAACAUUGCUCUUGCAGGAGAAUAAAUCAUUAGAACUUAUACCAGCUCCAUUUUUCUUUGAGAUGCAAGGUUUGCAUGUCCUUAAUCUGAGUUAUACUAAAAUCACAGAGUUACCAGAUUCUUUGUCGAAUUUGAGGAGUUUGAAAUCUCUUCACCUAAAGGGUUGCGUAAAUCUUACAAAAGUACCGGGAUUAGGAAAUCUCAAAGAGCUAAGAGAGCUGGACAUAUCAGAAACUCCAAUAAAAGAAUUGCCUCUAGGAAUGGAAAAGCUAGUUAAUCUUGAAUGCUUACGGAUUGAUGCUCGAUACUUGGAGAAAUUACCGAGCAAUUUGUUGCUGAAUUUCCCAAAACUACAAAGUCUCCAUCUUCCAUUUCAUAUGGAAGCACCAAUGACAGAAGUUGAGAAACUAAAACAGCUGGAGGAGCUCCGUGGGCGUGUGAAAAAUGCGGAUGACUUUGGUCAAUUAAUGGCAUGUCUACCAAAAUUCAAUCGAUCUUAUGGUGUUGUAGUGGGAGAAUUUCUGGGCGAACUGCAAAUGACACCAAAUGGUGAUAAUGAAGUGAUUGUGAAUGAAAUGAAAGUGAAUGAAGAAGGGAUAAGAGAUCUUUUUCUAUGGCCACUUGACAUAAAAGGGGUCGGAUUCUUCAAGUGCGAGGGACUUAGCAGGUGUAUGAUGGAUGAUGUUCAAGAAUCAAACAUUAAUAUCGAAACCUGCAAAUUGUUGAGGAUAGAGGAGUACCAAGGGGUAGAGUGCAUAAUGAAAUGGGAGGAAGAAGAAGAAGAAGAAGAAGGAGGUGGACAAUUACAAGAAUUGGAAAGAAUGGUGUUAGAAGGGCUGCCUGAUUUGUUGUCUGUGGUGAUUUUUCAAAGUUCAUCUCCGCGGACAUUGUUAUCUUUUUCCUCUCUCAAGUUUCUGUCUAUUUUCGAAUGCAACAAGAUGAAGAAGCUGGGAUUGCCAUUGUCACUCUUGGGGGGCUUACAGAACCUCGAAGAUUUAUAUGUCCAAAGGUGUGAAGAAAUAGAAGAGAUAUUUGAAGUAGGAAAUCAACCAUCAUCAUCAUCAUCAUCAGCUCAAAAGUUCCAUCUUCCCAAAUUGAAGAGACUAUACCUUUUUCAGCUUCCAAAAUUGAAGAGCAUCUGCGACUCGACACUGCUGUGCAGUUGUAUUGAAUAUAUUAAAAUAGAAGGAUGCACACAAGUGAAGAAAUUACCAAUGCUAUUUGGAGAAUUUGCAGCAAACUUCGAUUAUGAUUAUGAUUAUAAUUAUGAUUCUCGUCGCCAUCGUCCUCUACUUAUCCAAAUUCGGAGAUCAGAGGAGGAAUGGUGGGCAUCAUUGGAGUUGGAGCAUCCCUCACUCCGCCCCCUCCUCCAAAGCUUCCUCUUGAGAAAUAUCAUCGAUGAUUGGAGUUGGGAAUCAACUCCAUUAUUGUGCUGUGUUUGCUGCUUUCUUGUUGCUUUUAGAUCUCUACUUCGGCCUAAGCUUCUAUUUCAGUCUGUUGUGUUGAAUACAGAGGAAAAAAUGCUUUGGGUAAUUGCUGGAUCUUUUCUCUCCAAGCUCGGGGAGAAGCUGGCGGAUUAUGCUCACAGCACUGUGACAACGAUGACAGACUACAAGAUAAUACUGGAAGCUCUACAAAGGAACUUGAAGUCCUUGAGUGAUAAAGCCUCUGAUGUUGAGAAGGAGGUCAAAAAUGGUGAGCAAUCGGGUAUGAAGAAGAGGAAGCGCGAAGUCGAGAGCUGGUUGGCAGAGGUGCAGAUUCUUGAAAAGGAAUUCACUGAAUUGGAGGCUGCUGUGGAGUCUGAUGGAUUUACUAGUAGGUUCUUCAAGGGUGGUCGAGCGCAGGGAUUGAGUGAGAUAGUAGACAGAUUGGUUGAGCAGAGUCGACAUUUUGGUGAGCUGCUUCAUGCUUGUGAACCCGAGCAAGUUCCUCUCUUGACAAAGAAGUUGGUGGGUGAAAAGUUUGAGGAGAGCUUUGAAAGGAUUUGGAAUUUGAUGGUGAAUGAUGGAGUGCCGAGCAUUGGGAUUCAUGGCAUGGGUGGUGUCGGUAAGACAACGCUGGCGAAGCAUGUUCACAAUCGGUUUGUUGAAGGAGCCCAGCAUGUUGUUAUUUGGAUAACUGUGUCUCAGACAUUUAGCAUAAAGAAUUUGCAGGAUGAAGUUGCAAAGGCUGUGAAUGCAAAUAUUUCAGACGAGCACAAUGAAGACAAAAGAGCUGCGAGGCUGAACCGAGCACUAUCACAAAGAAACAAGGUUUUGCUGAUUUUUGAUGAUGUCUGGGAAAAGUUCAGCCUGGAAAGGAUCGGAGACCCUCUUUCUUUGGACGAGUGUAGACUAAUCAUAACUACACGUUCGUUGGAAGUGUGCCAUCAAAUUGGUUGUCAAGAAGUGAUUCCUGUGAAAACACUCUAUAAGACAGAAUCAUGGAGUUUAUUUACAGAAACUCUUGGAGCAGGGUUGACACUAAGUUCUGAAGUACAAGAAAUUGCAGAGCGCAUGGCGGAUCAGUGUGGUGGAUUGCCAUUAGCCAUAAUCACGACAGCUGGAAGUAUGAAGGGUAGGACAGAUAUUUGCGAAUGGAGGAAUGCAUUGACAGAAUUGAAUGAUUCAAUCAUGAGAGAAGAUGGCAAUGAGGAGGAAAAGGUUUUCAAGAUACUCAAGUAUAGUUUCGAUCGGUUGGAUCAAGGAGAAGAGAAGCAUAAUGGAUUUACAAUGGUCCAAAAUUGUUUCUUGAAUUGCUGCUUGUAUCCUGAAGAUUCAAAAAUCAGAAGAGAAGAAUUGAUUGAACUUCUCAUUUCAGAAGAGUUGUUGGACAAAAGGAGGAGUAGAAGAAAACAAAUGGAUCAGGGUCGCGUCAUAUUGAAUAAGUUAGUGAAUGUGUGCUUGUUAGAGAGUGAUGAUGAAAUGGGGUGGGUGAGGAUGCAUGAUUUAGUAAGAGCCAUGGCAUUAAAGAUCACAAAGAACAAAUAUUUGACAAUAGAUAGGCAAAGUUUCAUUGAUGGAGGAGAAGAAUGGAGUAGAGAUCUCCAGAAGGUUUAUUUGGGGGACAUAAAAGAUAUACCUGCGGAAUUGUCCCCAAAAUGUCCCAAGCUCUCUACAUUGCUCUUGCAGAAAAAUUAUUUUUUAAAGCAAAUACCAGGUUCAUUUUUCUUGGAGAUGCAUGGUCUGCAUGUUCUUAAUCUGAGUACUAGUAGAAUUACAGAGAUACCAGCUUCUGUGUCUAAUUUGGGGAGCCUUAGAGCCCUUCUCCUAAGCUAUUGCAGCAAUCUUAAAUGCGUGCCGCACUUGGGAAAUCUCAAGGAACUAAGAGAGUUGGACGUUUCAGGGACCCCAAUCAAGGAAUUGCCUUUGGGGAUGCAAGAACUAGUUAAUCUCGAAUGCUUGAAGAUUAAUGCUCGAAAGUUGGAGAAAUUACCAAGAAAUUUGUUGCUGAAUUUUCCAAAACUACAAUGCCUCCAUCUUCCAUUUCGUAUGGAAGCACCAAUGACAGAAGUUGAGAAGUUAAAACAGCUGGAGGAGUUCUGCGGGCUUGUGAAAGACGCGGAUGAUUUUGGUCGAUUAAUGGUAUGUCUACCAAACUCCAAUCGAUCUUAUGGUGUUGUAGUGGGAGAAUUUCUGGGAAUGGAACCAUCCUUUGAUAAUGAAGUGGUUGUGAAUGGGACAAGGGUGAGGGUGAAUGAAGAAGGAGGGAGAAGAGGAGAUGUUAUUCCAUGGCCAGUUGACAUGAAGUGCGUUGGAUUUGUAAAGUGCGAGGGUGGUCUAGGCAGGUGCAUGAUGGAUGGUAUUCCUGGAUUCAAUAUUAGUGAUAUGAAAUCUUUGAAGAGGUUGAGGAUACGAGAGUGCCAAGGGGUAGAGUGCAUAUCCAAAUGGGAAUGGGAAUUACAAGAAUUUCCAUUGCAAAAUUUGGAAUCGAUGGAGUUAUGGAAGUUGCCUGAUUUGUUGUGCGUGGUAAAGAUGUUUCAAAGUGCAUCUCCACCUCCAUAUCUGCACACACUACAAUUAUUUUCCUCUCUCAGGUAUCUGUCUAUUUUCGAAUGCAACAAGAUGAAGAAGCUGCUGGGAUUGCCAUUGUCACUCUUGGGGGGCUUACAGAACCUUGAAUACCUAUAUGUCCAAAGGUGUGAAGAAAUAGAAAAGAUAUUUGAAGUAGGAAAUCAAUCAUCAUCAUCAUCAUCAUCAGCUCAAAAGCUCCAUCUUCCCAAAUUGAAGAGACUAUACCUUUUUCAGCUCCCGAAAUUGAAGAGCAUCUGCGACGCCACACUGCUCUGCACUUCCAUUGGACAUAUUCGCAUCGAAGGAUGCACACAAGUGAAGAAACUGCCAUUGCUAUUUGGAGAAGCUGCAACAAACUUUGAUUCCCCUCUUCUACCACCGCCCUCCCGGCACUUCACUAUCAAAAUUGGGAGAUCAGAGGAGGAAUGGUGGGCAUCAUUGGAGUUGGAGCAUCCCUCCCUCCACCCCCUCCUCCGACCCUUCCUCAGAUUUAUAUGAUUAAUGAUUGAUUUCACUCCAUCCCCUCAUCCGACCCUUCGUCUAUAUCACAAUCACAAUCACAAUCACAAUCAUUGUUCUAUUUAUUUAUUUAUUAGUUUUGUUUGUUAGAACAUCCACACAUCUUUAUUAUAUAUAUACAUAUAUAUAUAUAUAGGUGACUAGGGUUAAUCAACCUUGUGCUAUUUUGAAAUUAUUAAUGUGCUCUUCUCAAGGUAAUUUUUGUGUGAUAGCUUAUCACCAAAUUGAAUAGUAUUAAUGAGUGAAAAGUCAAUUAUGCCAA